AGGCGCCGGGGGGGGACGAAGCACGACGCUGGCGGGAAAGGUCAGCGUAGUGGCGAUCGAGGGCGGUAGCGUAAAGGCACCGCGAGGAGGUAUGACCGUCCAAGCGGCAACGCAAACACCCACGUCGGCCCAAAAUAGCCGCGCGCUCCUCAGCGGAAAGGACACCGCGAGGAGGAACAAAGCCCUGAGGGAGGUCCUGCUGAGGGACCUCGGGGGGCGACGCGCCAGCGUGACCAGGGCGGCUGCGUGCCCGGGAAAGGGUGGAGAGGAUAAGCUGGAGGCGCUCAGCCAUAGGGAGAGUAGGGUCCUCCAGGUGGUGCUGGACGGCAUCGCUGAGGUCGAGGUCAUCGCUAUGAUCACCCGCUGGCGACAGCGGGGCACCAGCGUCCUGCACACCAUACUCGAUUGGGCUGAAGCGGCGCGAGAAGUGGCGGCCCUGCUGCGUGGAACGGCGGGGGCGACCGCGAAAAGGGGAACGACGCUGGGAAGUGCCGUGAGAGGAGGAGGCGGCGUAACCCGUGCGCUGAGGCUGGGAGGAGGAGGCGGGGUGAAGACGGGCUCGCAUCCGCUCAUGGUUCCUGGCCGCCUCCUGUACGGGGUGGUGGGUGGGAGCGGGGACCGUUCCUGCUCCGAUACCAAUGUAGCGGACCCACCAGUGGAAGAAAGCCAGAUAAACACCGACAUGCAAGAAGACACCGACACCUCACAGAAGAAAGAAGGAGAGAUGAACAAAAACUCCCAAAGAGCUUUCUCACCCCUGAUCGUUAAAAUGCUAGAGGCAACGGAGCUAAAAUCAGGGGUGUUCUGGAAACCAUGGAGAACAGUGGCCGAGGUCCCAUACAGCAUUCUGUCAGGUCUGGGCACAUCAGCAGAACUGAUGGCUACAACAGUCGCAGAGAUUGUCUCAAAGGGGCUGUUGGAGGGAGAUGAGGAUCUGCAAUCAAGAGCGUACUUUACGGACAGUGAGAGAUUCUACAAAAGUGAAGAAUCUGAUGGGGAAUCUUGGGACGGUGACGACGAGAAGGAAAGGCCUGACAUACUUUCCGACCUGGAGAAAAUUGACAGGGGAAAAGAAAGUUUGGAGCUUCUCGACAGCGCAGGAGAAGGGACUCCCUCCACCUCGAAGGACAGUGGACUAAAGACCUACCUAGAGGCAAUUGGGGAGGAUGGGAGCUCGGAGGGUUCACCCCCUCCUCACUAGAGGCCCUCUUCUCAUCAACCCCUAACCUGGUAGAGUGUCAGCCAUGGAACAGUACAGGUUCAAGGCGAAUGAGAUGGGACAGCGUACAAACUGGAAAGCCCAAGGUCUGGUAAUCAGAAGCUGGAACGUCAAUGGGUUGGGAAAUAUAAUAGAUAAAGAAGAUAAGAUGAACGGCAUCUUAACAGGGAUGACAAUGAUCAACAACAAACCAGCAGACAUCUU